CUUCAGGUAGAGGUUCUUCUCAGUCAUUCUUCUCUCCAUUGGCCGAUUGGUUCUUCUCUCCAUUGGUUCUUCUCUCCAUCGACCGACUGGUUCUUUCCAGUGACCCACUCAUUCUCGACCAUGAAGGAGUUCUCCCUCCGCGCGCUCCCUUGGCUGGUGACGCGCUUGUGUUUCCUUCGCGCGGCUCUGGACCCCGGCGCGGGUCAGGAUGGAUCGCGGGCUGCAGGUGCGCGGCAGCGGGGAUUGACUUGGCGCCAUAACGGACAGGUUCACCGGAUCCUGAGUCACGGUUCUCAGUACCGACCAUCUGGGCGGCGUCCUCCCGGCUCCGGCCCGUGGCGGGAUGACCUGGUGUUCCUCAGCAACGAGACGCAGUCCUCCGGGCCGCCCGCCGCACCUCGGGUUCCCGCGGUCAGCAGCUCUGCGCAAUUACGCGCCGCGCGUCAAAACCGGCCUAGUGGAACAGAGAGCACCGGAGAGCCGGUCCCGGUGCGGCCGGUGGACGGGAUGGUCGGGGACGACCCUUACAACAAUCCGUACAAAGCGGCAAACUACCACCCCUACUAUAACUACUACAACUCCUACUACCGGCCCGGAACCCGAUGGAGACCCGGGUACGGCACCCGUUACCACCAACACGGGCUCCCUGACCUGGUCCCUGACCCCUACCUCAUCCAGGCCUCCAGCUACAUCCAGAGGCUGCCCGUCUACAGCCUCCGCUGCGCCGCGGAGGAGAGCUGCCUCGCCAGUUCGGCUCAGCAGGCGAGGGACUUUGAGACCCGGGUUCUGCUGAGGUUCCCUCAGCGCGUGAAGAACCAGGGAACGGCCGACUUCCUGCCCAGCAAGCCUCGCUACUCCUGGGAGUGGCACAGCUGUCACCGCCACUUCCACAGCAUGGAUGCCUUCAGUCACUACGAGCUGCUGGCCGCGGGGGCGGGGCCCCAGGGGGGGGCGGGGCUGCGCGUGGCCGCCGGCCACAAGGCCAGCUUCUGUCUGGAGGACACGUCAUGUGACCCCGGACACCACCGACGCUACGCCUGCACCUCACACACACAGGGCCUGAGUCCCGGUUGCUAUGAUACGUACAACGCUGACAUCGACUGCCAGUGGAUCGACGUUACGGACGUUUUACCCGGGAAAUACGUCCUGAAGGUGACGGUGAACCCGACUCAGAGUGUCUCGGAGUCCGACUACAGCAACAACGUGGCACGCUGUGACGUGACCUACAGCGGGACGGCCGUAGAGAUGUCUGACUGUAGACUGGCCUCGCAGUGAGGAGCUUCUCCUCCACCCGGACUCCAUCCAGGCCUGGUGGGAGGAGUCAGAGACUGUGAGAGCAGAAUGCUAAGCACCGUCCCUCAAGCGCACUGGGGCUCCAAAACAAGCCCUCCUCCCUGGGCUCCUUCUGGAAGCUUCUCUCUGUCGACUUGCCAUAAUGAAAGAGAGAGAGAGAGAGAGAGAGAGAGAGAGAGAGAGAGAGAGAGGGAGAGAGGGAGAGAGAGAGAGAGAGAGAGAGAGAGAGAGAGAGAGAGAGAGAGAGAGAGAGAGAGAGAGAGGGAGAGAUGAUUGAUUGUUCGAUUGUUCGAUUAAUAGAUAACAAUUUGCAAAAUGACGGCACACAAUACCACAUAUAGUUGCUGUAGUGAGAGCGACCACUAGGAGAACCGAUUAUUGAUUAUUGGGUCAGAUCCCAAGCGGUCUUCUCAUGUUGACUAGAAGCGUUGUAUAUAACCUAGCCUAGUCGGUAACUGAAACCAUCCCAUCAAACUGUUUUACUACCAAGAAGUACGCCAAUAAAGCUUGAAUGGGACUGA